AUUCUCUACCUCGGCCAUCAGGUACUCGAAAAACCCUAACUUUCAAAAAAUCUGUUUUAUAUAUUGCUAACCACAAUGGAUCCGCCCACCGGAGACGAUAGUCUUAAGAAAUUAGAAUAUUUCUCUCUUGUCUCUAAAGUUUGUUCCGAGUUAGAAACACAUUUAGGGUUUGGAGACAAAGUUUUAGCCGAGUUUAUCACCGAGUUAGGUCGUAAUUGUGAAACUGUUGAGGAAUUUGAUUCUAAGUUGAAAGAAAAUGGUGCUGAAAUGCCCGAUUACUUUGUACGCACAUUAUUGACUAUUAUUCACGCGAUUCUUCCUCCUAAGCCAAAAUCGGAUAAGGAUGUAAAGAAAGAGAUUGGUGGUGAUGGUAAGAAAUCGAAGUUCAAAGCUCUCGCGAUUGCUGAUGGUAAAGAUAGAGUCAAAGAACUUGAGAGAGAGAUGGAAGAGGAAGUUCGUGAGCGGCACAGGGAGAAUGAGGAAAGGGAAGAUGAAUAUAGGCGUAGAGACAGAGACAGAGAUAGGAGGGACGGAGAACGAGACAGGAGGGAUAGAGAUGGAGAUAGAGAUAGAAAUAGAGAUAGAGAUGGUAGAGGCAGAGAUAGAGAUAGACAUAGAGACAGAGAUUAUGAUGAUGGUGAUAGGAGUAGAAGGCACAAGGAUAGAGACAGGCGUGAGAGGAGGAGUAGACAUGAUUAUGAUGAUUAUGAAGAGAAUGGGGCUGAUAGGGAGAAUCAUGAUGAUGGAGAUAGGAGAGCUGGACGGUACAGGUACGAUGAGCCUGAAUUGUAUAACGUGUAUAGGGGGAGAGUAUCAAGAGUGAUGGACACGGGUUGUUUUGUUCAACUGAGUGAUUUCAAGGGCAAGGAGGGUUUGGUUCAUGUUUCACAGAUGGCAACCAGGAGGAUUAGUAAUGCUAAAGAUGUUGUAAAGCGGGAUCAGGAGGUUUAUGUGAAGGUGAUUUCGGUGUCUGGUCAGAAGUUGAGUCUUUCUAUGAGGGAUGUUGAUCAGAAUACUGGUAAGGACUUGCUUCCAUUGAAGAAGAGUGAGGAUGAUGCAUCAAGGAUUAAUCCUUCGGGGUCAAAAGAUGGGCCAAUGUCUAGGACAGGUCUUUCAGGGAUUAGAAUUGUGGAGGAGGAGGAUGCAGUUCCAUCACGCAGGCCAUUGAAGAGAAUGAGCUCCCCAGAGAGAUGGGAAGCAAAACAGUUGAUUGCUUCGGGGGUUUUAUCUGUGAAUGAGUACCCUAUGUAUGAUGAAGAAGGGGAUGGGAUAGUUUAUCAGGAAGAGGGUGCUGAGGAAGAGCUUGAGAUUGAACUGAAUGAGGAUGAACCUGCAUUUUUAAACGGGCAAACCAGGUAUUCUGUGGACAUGUCACCCGUGAAAAUUUUCAAGAAUCCAGAGGGGUCAUUGAGCCGUGCUGCUGCUCUCCAAUCUGCUCUCAUAAAGGAGCGGAGAGAAGUCCGGGAACAACAGCAGAGGACAAUGCUUGAUUCAAUACCAAAGGAUCUGAAUCGUCCUUGGGAAGACCCAAUGCCAGAGACUGGUGAGAGGCAUCUAGCACAGGAGCUUAGGGGUGUUGGUUUAUCAGCUUAUGACAUGCCUGAAUGGAAGAAGGAUGCAUUUGGGAAAGCAUUAACUUUUGGGCAGAGGUCAAAGCUCUCCAUCCAGGACCAGAGGCAGAGCUUACCAAUCUAUAAAUUGAAGAAGGAACUAAUUCAGGCUGUGCAUGAUAAUCAGGUUCUGGUAGUUAUUGGUGAGACAGGUUCAGGUAAGACUACCCAAGUAACUCAGUAUCUUGCAGAGGCUGGUUACACUACAAGAGGUAAGAUUGGUUGUACACAGCCCCGUAGGGUGGCUGCAAUGUCUGUGGCCAAGAGAGUUGCUGAAGAAUUUGGCUGUCGUUUGGGGGAGGAGGUUGGAUAUGCUAUAAGAUUUGAAGAUUGUACCGGACCAGACACUGUCAUCAAAUACAUGACUGAUGGCAUGCUUCUUAGGGAGAUUCUGAUCGAUGACAAUCUUUCUCAAUAUUCAGUCAUUAUGCUUGAUGAAGCUCACGAAAGGACAAUCCACACUGAUGUCCUUUUUGGGUUACUUAAGCAGCUUGUGAAGCGCAGACCAGAUCUUCGUCUGAUUGUCACCUCUGCCACAUUAGAUGCAGAGAAAUUUUCUGGGUAUUUCUUUAACUGCAACAUUUUUACAAUUCCUGGGAGAACUUUUCCUGUUGAAAUACUAUACACCAAACAGCCAGAAAGCGAUUAUCUAGAUGCAUCACUGAUCACUGUCCUGCAGAUCCACUUGACAGAACCGGAAGGUGAUAUCCUCCUCUUUCUGACUGGUCAGGAGGAAAUUGAUUUUGCAUGUCAGUCUCUCUAUGAGAGGAUGAAAGGUUUAGGUAAAAAUGUUCCGGAACUGAUUAUUUUACCAGUUUACAGUGCCCUCCCCAGUGAAAUGCAGUCAAGAAUCUUUGACCCUGCUCCUCCAGGAAAGAGAAAAGUGGUUGUGGCCACUAAUAUUGCUGAGGCUUCUUUGACUAUUGAUGGAAUAUUUUAUGUUAUUGAUCCCGGGUUUGCAAAACAGAAUGUUUAUAAUCCAAAGCAAGGGCUUGAUUCGCUGGUCAUAACACCAAUUUCACAAGCAUCAGCCAAGCAACGAGCUGGACGUGCUGGCCGUACUGGGCCUGGAAAAUGUUACCGCCUAUACACAGAGAGUGCAUAUCGUAAUGAGAUGUCGCCUACUUCAAUUCCAGAAAUUCAAAGGAUCAAUCUUGGAUUUACUACCCUUACAAUGAAGGCUAUGGGAAUAAAUGAUCUUUUGUCAUUUGAUUUUAUGGAUCCACCUUCACCCCAAGCUCUUAUCUCUGCCAUGGAGCAGCUGUAUAGUCUUGGAGCUCUGGAUGAGGAGGGACUUCUGACAAAAUUGGGUAGGAAAAUGGCUGAAUUUCCUCUGGAUCCACCUUUAUCAAAGAUGUUGCUUGCCAGUGUGGACCUUGGAUGUAGUGAUGAGAUAUUGACUAUCAUUGCGAUGAUUCAAACUGGCAACAUAUUCUACAGGCCUAGGGAAAAACAAGCUCAAGCAGACCAGAAGAGGGCAAAAUUUUUUCAGCCUGAGGGAGAUCAUUUGACGUUGCUAGCUGUGUAUGAGGCAUGGAAAGCUAAGAAUUUUUCAGGGCCAUGGUGCUUUGAGAACUUUGUUCAGUCCCGAUCCCUGAGGAGAGCACAGGAUGUCAGAAAGCAACUUCUCAGCAUCAUGGAUAAAUAUAAAUUGGACAUUGUGAGUGCUGGAAAAAAUUUUACGAAGAUACGGAAGGCGAUUACAGCUGGAUUCUUCUUUCAUGCUUCCAGAAAGGAUCCACAGGAGGGCUAUCGGACUCUGGUUGAGAAUCAGCCUGUUUAUAUCCACCCAAGCAGUUCUCUCUUUCAGAGACAACCUGAUUGGGUCAUCUACCAUGAACUUGUCAUGACUACAAAAGAGUACAUGCGUGAAGUAACAGUUAUAGAUCCAAAGUGGCUUGUGGAACUGGCACCAAGAUUCUUCAAGGUUUCAGAUCCCACGAAAAUGAGCAAGCGCAAGCGUCAAGAACGCAUUGAACCACUAUAUGAUAGAUACCAUGAGCCUAAUUCUUGGCGGUUGAGUAAAAGGCGUGCAUAAUGUGUGGUUCAUUUAUUGUCAGUAUCAACCAGCCUCAGAUGUAUGUUUGAUUUCACAUCUUGUACUAAUUGUAUAUAUGCCUUGUAGAAUUUUAUUAGUUAUUUUUUAUCACCCUUGGCAAUGAUCUUUGAGGCUGACUCAAAGUAUACUAUUAGUUCUCAAAAUUUUUGUAUCUGGCUUUGCCACUGCCCUGAGUGAUCACGGUGGAAGCUUCUUCGCUUGUGGUUUUCUGUUUACUUUCAGGUUAUUAUGUCAUACGAAUUAUUGAUUGGUGGCUUUUGCUAGUGUCUUCCAUUAACUUCUUGGUUAUCAUUUUAUACUAAUUGAAGUUAUGCAGGAAGUUUUUCGGCUCUACUU